CCUGGAGCCAGAUCUGGCCUUUCUGCUUCUGGCUCUAACCUUGAGCAAGUUUCUGAAGGCUCUCCCUGCCAUUUCCAUGGCAAGGGGUUAUAACAGCCCUCUUAAGGUGAUGCAGUGUCCAUUUGAGUUAAUAAGAUAAAAAUGACGUGCUGAGUACUCUGAAUGACUUUGCUUCCCUGAUCACCAUUUUACAGAGUAGUAGGUGAGGCUCUCAGAAAAAUUGCUUAGCCUGGGUCACCCAGUCAGGAAGUGCCUUGGGAAGAUAAAUAGUGAUUAUGGGAGGGCAUUACUAGCCUUAAGAUCCAGCAUAAAAUACUUGGUCCUUGAGGGUGGGGUCUUUUUCUGGUGAUCAAAAGGCUGCCUUGUUCUGUCCUCAAGCACAGGAAAUUCCAAGGUAGUUUUCUGUACUAGCUCCCUGUUUCUGUUCGUGGAAGGGGCCCAGGUACCCAAGCAGCCUCAAGAGAAGAUAGAAUUGAAUAUCUCAACCUGUAUGGUUGAGGGGGUGGGGGGUGGCUGGCACUUGGAGUGGCCUGGGCUGCUUUGGGCCUAUCUGGGCAUUUCCCUGGGCAGGCAGCCCUCACCCUAUCCUUGAAAUGGUUCUGGCUGGGUAACAGCCUCUCCGUGUUGUGGGUGAAAUUUGGGACUGGUUAAGGGCGGAGACAGCAUGGAGAACACAGGUUUCCUUGUAUUGCUGGAGAGAGGGAGGGCAUAAGGAAAUUAGAGACCCCAUUUCCCCUUCGAUCACUUUCUUGCUCGGAGCCCACGAUGGCUGGGUCCCCAGCGUUCCUCGGUGUCAUCAUUCUGCUGUCUGCCUUCCUGGGACCCAGUGUCGGGGGCCGCGCCAUGCCCAAGCUGGCUGACCGCAAGCUGUGUGCUGAUGAGGAAUGCAGCUACCCUAUCUCCAUGGCUGUGGCCCUUCAGGACUACGUGGCUCCCGACUGCCGUUUCCUGACCAUACACAGGGGCCAAGUCGUGUAUGUCUUCUCCAAGCUGAAGGGCCGAGGGCGGCUCUUCUGGGGAGGCAGUGUUCAGGGAGAUUACUAUGGAGAUUUAGCUGCUCGCCUGGGCUAUUUCCCCAGUAGUGUUGUACGUGAGGACCAGACCCUGAAACCUGGCAAAAUCGAUGUGAAGACAGAUAAAUGGGAUUUCUACUGCCAGUGAGCUCAGUCUACCACUGUCCCUGCUGUUUUUUUUUCUUCCCGGCUUUAUGCAAAUAUACCAGCCAAGUACAAAAUGAGGGUCUCUGUGGUCUUAAUGGGGGGGGGUGUAACAAAGAAAAUGUUUCCCCAGCCUCCUGAAUUUAGCCAGUCAGCCCC